AUGGUCCUCACCUACCAGCUCGGAGGCAACUCCUUUUUCCUAGCCGCCUACUCACUUCUACUACUUCCCCAGGUCUUCUUUGGCCUGAAAUACCGAACAUGGGGGUUUUCCUUUGGCAUGUUAUCCGGUCUGAUCCUCGAGGUCAUCGCCUACACGGCGCGUAUCCUCCUCCAUCAGGGUAAAGACCACGCCGUCAUGCAAAUCGUCUGCGUCACAAUCGGUCCCGCCUUCAUUAGCGCCGCCAUCUACCUCUGCCUGGCGCGCAUCAUCGCCGUCUACGGCGAGCACGUCUCCUGGCUGCGACCGCGCACCAUCACCAUCAUCUUCAUGCUCUCCGACUUCUUCGCCCUCGUCCUCCAGGCCGGCGGCGGCGCCCUCACGGUGGGCCAGACCGACCUCGACACGCUCAACACCGCCCUGGCCAUCCUCAAGGCGGGUCUGGGCGUGCACCUCGGCGCGAUUGGCAUCUACGUGCUCCUGUCGUGCCAGGUGGCCUACUCGGUCUAUAAGAACGCGAGCACAUGGAACCCGCAGUUCGCCUCGCUCCAAUCAUCGCCGAGAUUCAAGGCAUUCAUGGGUGGGCUGGCGCUCGCGACGCUCUGCAUCCUCGUCCGGACGGCGUACCGAGUCGCGGAGCUGAGCGAGGGCUUCGACAGCAAGCUGGCGCAGAACGAGACCAUCUUCUUCAUCCUCGAGAGCACGCUUGUGCUCAUCGCGUGCAUCGCGCUGAGCGUCCUCCACCCUGGGGUCGCGUUCGAGGGCCACUGGCCAGACGCGGACUUCCAGCUCAGCGGGAGGAAGAAGGCCGAGUAUGACAACAAGGACGGCGUCGAUCUCAGCUCUUCGGGCACGGUAUAG